GUUUCCCACACCAGGAGGGAGGAAGCUUUCAGAGCUCGUCAGCGGUAUGCAAAUACAGAACUGUCCUCCUGCAGGCUAGCGGGAGGACUGGCGUUCUCCUCCUGCAGUGCAGAGAGCGCUGGUUAUCAGCAGAGUGAGGAAGGCGUGUUGCAAGACACUACAGGUUCCUGUCAGAGCUGGGUAGGGUCACCACACUCCAGAGCUGCGACAUUGGUCUUCCACACUACACAGGAGAAGAAACCACGAUUAUGACAAAUUUACCUGGACGCCUUUGUGCCAUCUGUGGGUUUCUGUGUAUUUCCCUUCUUCCAAAGAAAAGCCUUCCUUCAGCUCUCAUCUCCAUGUGAGACGGAUUAAAUGAACGGGCUACCCGAGAUUCACAGACAGUAACGGACCAUAGACUCCUGGGCCCCAUCUGUGCUGCUGGGACUGGAUUAACGGAACACCAAAAUGACCCAGAAUGGGACAGCAAGGAGCAAUGGCACAAGCAAAGGCCACGAGGAGCUCAAAGUUGUGAUCGUGGGGGAUGGAGGGUGUGGGAAGACGUCCUUGCUGAUGGUGUAUGCUAAGGGAGACUUCCCAGAGAAAUACGCCCCUUCUGUGUUUGAGAAGUAUGUCACAACGAUUAGAUUCGGAAGCAAGGAAAUUAAUCUGAACCUGUAUGACACAGCAGGCCAGGAGGACUAUGACAGACUGAGGCCUCUCUCCUACCAGAAUGCCAACCUGGUGCUGGUCUGCUAUGAUGUCACUAGCCCCACCAGCUUUGACAAUGUCUUAAUCAAGUGGUAUCCAGAGGUCAACCACUUCUGUCGUGGGGUUCCCAUUAUCCUAAUUGGAUGCAAAACAGACCUUCGGAAAGAUAAAGAACGCACCAGGAAGCUCAGAGCUUUGGAUCAGGCUCCUAUAACUUAUAUACAGGGUCAGGAAACCGGGCGCCAGAUAAACGCUGAAAUGUACCUGGAGUGUUCGGCUAAGUACCGGGAGAACGUGGAGGACAUCUUCAAAGAAGCCACAAGAGUAGCUCUGGCUGGCAUCAGGAAGGCAAGACACCCGCGGAAGAAGAACAGGUCGUGUGAGAUAUUGUGAAGUCCUGGCCCUGGACAGGCCCUACAAGCCCAGAGGAACUGGAAUAUUCUUUUCUUUGCACUUUUUUUUUCUGGCUACAAAGAACACAUAUUAUGGUGUUAUAUUUAAAGUGGAUCAAAAGGACUUUUCACAGGUGACGACCUGAGGUUUUUCCAAAGACAAUGACAUGUUUUACCACACCAGGAUGCAGGGAGGGAGGUGGCAGGCAGUGAGUCCAUCACAUUAUCUCACAUGUUGGUGAGAAAUGCAACAAAACAAUGAAAUCCAAAGCUGGUAGCCUUACUAUCGCACCUUUCUUUAGCAAUAUAGGUUCUUUUUCCCUUUUCAAACAUGUAUAUAAAACAUAAUAAGCAAAAACAGACCUCGAACUUGUUUCAGUUACAAGCUAUGUUUUAAGAGACACGAUCACCUAGACAUGAUUGCCUCAUAAGAUAAUGAGGUCAGGUAGGCAGCAGACUCCCAAGUUUGUCAUUUCCCACAUGAACUGUGUCAUUGACCCGUUAGCACUCACGAGCCCUGUGAGCAUAAUGCCGUCCAAUUGUUUGCAAUCUGUCUUAUGUUCAAGUUGGCACCACGUUAACGUAUUGACAUUCUGUUGUUCACAAGGCCCAUGUUGUGUUCACACCCAGACACACAGGCACAAACGCAGCCCAGCAACUCAUGUAAACAAGUCAGUAUUCAUUAUUCAUUUCGUUCAAAAGGGCCUCUCUGCAGAUGCAGCCAUACUUGUAAAAAUAAAAGCUGGUUUCGAUACGUUCCUGGAUUUCUCCGAUUCGUGAAUAAACGAUGCAUUCAAGGCAUAUUGCACAGGAUUCAGUGCUCUUCCAACAUCAAGCACACAAACUCGCUUUUGAAAUUCCAGGCAUGCGCUGGUUUCGGAAACGGAUGCCUCUCGCUGGCUCUGUUUCAUCUGCCGUUCGAUAUAUCUGCCGCACGGCUUUGACCUACAAUCUGGGCGGAACUUACAAAGUGCUCCAGGGAGCUCUUGCGUGGCAAGAAGAGCCGUUAUUGGUUAUGUGAAAUAAAAAAAGACAUUGUAAAAAACAAAAAACAAACUCAAGCUGCCAAAUACUUUCAGAGGCCCCUGAAUAUGCUAAGCAGCAAUGGGUGAUGUUUUAGUGGAUCACUGUGAAUGUGCAAUCCCUCACCAGUCACAGUUCCCAUCAGGAAAGCAAUCUGUGCUUUAAGAAUAUCUGUCCAGCUUGGGUUCCCAGUGUGGUGAUGUGCAGGACCCUUGUUCAGACAGCAUUGGCAGAGUCUGUGUUUUGUUUUUGGUUUUGGCCUGCCCUCCUGAGGCAGCAGAGAGCCCUUCUGCUCCCAGCCUGUGCUGUAGGGCUUUCACACCACUGGGGACAAGCUGCUGGAUCCCAGCGAGAGGGCUGGUCAGCUCAGGUCUACAGGCUGCGUUGCACAACACCCUGGACAAAGGCAUGUCUGUUGAAAUGCAAGGUGCUGCCAAGCUGAGCUGGCAUCAGCCACCUCUUUCAUCUGCAUCACCCUGUGCAAGUCCUUCUCUCUGAGUGGCUCGAUACCUUUCAGCCAGAUAGUGGAUAUCACUGUAACUGUUUUAGUCUGCAGUAAUACCAGUCUGCUGGGUCAGAGACUGCAUGAAUGGUAAGACUUUAGUCUAGCCCAGAUGCUUAAAGGUCUAACUUUAAAAUCUAAAGUCCCUGCUUUUAUUCAAGACCCAAAGAUCCCCAAACAGCUUACUCCUGACAUUUCAACCAAGGAUCAAGAUCUGUGUGGUGCCCUAUAUACUGUACAUCAUUAAAAGGAAAUAAAGCUGUAUAGUAUGAUUUGUCCAGUUGAGCCAAUUCCAAGACUAGUUCAAAACGUGGCCAUAUCUGGGUUAACACUUCCCCCCAUUAAAAGUAACAAUUUGAAGCCCGAUGAUAAACAGGCUGCCUUGUUAUUACAUCUCAUAUAUACUGUAUGUGACAGCCUUUCCAACAAAAUGUAAGGUUGAUCCUUCCCAUUAAAACAAUCUGGUGGGAAAUGAAGCAGAUUGUGAUCUGAAAGAUCAAAUUUGAAGCCGCGAAGAGCUCAAAACGCUACAUAAAGUACAAGGUCCUAAUAGAUGCUACCGAAUAGGCCAGAUGGGCCAGUGGUCUCCUCUUGUUUGUGUUAUGUAAUAUAUAUCUUAUUUUGCAACAACGCUGACAAGUGUAAGUAUGCAACGUAGUGACCUUUUGGACAACAGGCCAGGUGUCACGCAACAGACAAAUAACACCGGAAGGUUAAAGCUGUACAUGUUUUCAGGAUAAUAAACAUGAGUCUGGUA